UCUAGCUUACGUCAAAAACAGCUGUUCCUCUCGUCAGCGAAUGUCAAACGUAGCAACAAUAAAUUAACGCGAGCAUAUUUGCGAAUUUAAUAUUUUUUAAAGUAGAAACUUAUUCAGUAAUAAAAUACAACAAAAUGGUUAAGAAAAUACUUAUGAUUUGCUUAGGUAAUAUUUGCCGGUCACCUAUUGCCGAGGGUGUUAUGAUUGAGACAAUCGAGCAAGCCGGUGCUUCCGCGGAAUGGAAAGUGGAUUCAGCAGCUAUAGGUGGUUGGCAUGUUGGCAAUUCACCGGACCAUCGUGCAAUGAAAAUAAUGAAGAAUCAUAAUAUUGAUUACAAGAAUAAAGCUCGUCAAAUUAAAAAAGAUGAUUUUCUACAAUUCGACUACAUUUUCGGUAUGGAUGACGAAAAUAUGGACGACCUAAACCGUUUGGCACCAGCGAAUUCUAAGGCUAAAUUAUUAUUAUUGGGAGACUUCGGUUUGGAGAAAAGUGAACGCAUUAUUGAGGAUCCAUACUAUCAACGAGGUGAUGCUGGCUUUGAGAAGGCUUAUCAGCAGUGUGUUGUUGCCUGUGCGGCGUUUUUGAAAGAUGCUACUGCGGGAAAGGUUUAAGGUAAACAAAGCACCCUACCCAAAGUUACUUGUUAAAUUAGUGAAAUUAAAAUAUACUAUAUACUCAAGUUGUGAAACAAAAAAUCAGCUGAUAUAAAUAAUAUAUUUAAAGAGCCACGAAUACAAGCACAAAUGUGAAAUAAAAUGCAUAAAUUUUAUUUCAAACAAAAAUAUCAGCGAAUAUUGCUUUUCUGACAACUUUAUAUACUGUAAAGGCUGCAAUGUGAAACAAAAUUUUACAAGGUAAGGCAGCGUGCUUAGUAAAAAAAAUAUUCCAAUUGCACUCUUCGCUUCAGUUUAUUUCCAUUUCAUUCAUAAUUUUUUUAACAUUUCAUCAUGCUUCAUUAACUUAAAAAACAAUUAGUACUAAAUUUACUUUUUUCGAAAAAAUUUAAAUAUAUUUUGUGGCCAAAUACCCACUGUAUCAACGAAAUUUUCUAUUUUUAUAUGUCAAAUUUAAGUAAAAAAAAAAACAAACAACGAAAAGCAAAAGUCGCAAAAUUUCUUAUGUAAGCAUUUG